GCAACGGCGCCCUCCUACCGCUGCCGGAACCGGGCUGCGGCCGCCCGGGGGAAGGCUCGGAGCGAGGCGACAAAACCCCUGAGCGAGGCACCGGGGGGAGGCUGGGGGAUGAGGAGAAGGGGCGGAGCGCCCCCGCGAUGAGCAGCACGGCCGCCCCCGGGCCGGAGGGCAGGGCGCGGAAGGCGCUGAGGAAGGUGUUCGGCUUUGAGGCCUUCAAGACUUCCCUGCAGGAGAGCGCGACCAUGGCGGUGGUGAGAGGCGAGAAGGAUGUCUUUGUAUGCAUGCCCACAGGGGCAGGGAAAUCCUUGUGCUACCAGCUUCCUGCAGUUCUGGCAGUGGGCAUCACCAUUGUCAUUUCACCUCUGAUUGCACUGAUUCAGGACCAAGUGGAUCACCUGCUGGCUCUGAAGAUCAAAGCCUGCUCUUUCAACUCCAAGCUUUCAGCCCAGGAAAAGAAGGCCAUCCUGGCUGACCUUGCAAGUGAGAAGCCCCAAGUAAAGCUCCUGUACAUCACCCCAGAGAUGGCAGCUUCCUCUUCCUUCCAGCCUACGCUGAACUCCCUGCUGUCUCGAAAUCUCCUGUCCUACCUAGUAAUUGAUGAAGCGCAUUGUGUCUCCCAGUGGGGACACGAUUUCCGACCUGACUACCUGCGGCUGGGCACCUUGCGCACUCGCAUACCCAAUACACCGUGUGUUGCCUUGACUGCCACUGCCACCAAGCAGGUCCAGGAGGACAUUGUGAUGGCACUUAAGCUAAAGCAGCCGCUUGCCACCUUUAAGACUCCCUGCUUCAGAUCUAACUUGUUCUACGACGUGCAGUUCAAAGAGCUCUUGACUGAUCCUUAUGCCAACUUGAAGGAUUUCUGUCUGAAGGCACUUGAAGUAAAGAACACCACUGGGGUGUACUCCGGUUGCGGCAUUGUGUACUGCAGGAUGAGGGACGUGUGUGACCAGCUGGCUAUUGAAUUGAGCUACCGAGGAGUGAAAGCCAAGGCCUAUCAUGCAGGACUCAAGGCAGCUGACCGGACUUCAAUCCAGAAUGAGUGGAUGGAGGAGAAGAUCCCAGUUAUUGUUGCUACCAUCAGUUUUGGAAUGGGAGUAGACAAAGCAAAUGUCAGGUUUGUUGCUCACUGGAACAUUGCCAAGUCAAUGGCUGGAUAUUACCAAGAAUCUGGCAGAGCUGGGAGAGAUGGGAAGCCAUCCUGCUGCCGCCUUUAUUACUCUAGGAACGAUCGGGAUCAAGUCAGCUUCCUGAUUAAGAAGGAGCUCUCUAAUAUCCAGGAAAAAAAAGGCACCUUAAAAGAAUCUGACAAAGCUGUGAUGGCAGCUUUUGAUGCCAUUGUGAACUUCUGCGAGGAGCUGGGGUGUCGUCAUGCUGCCAUAGCAAAGUACUUCGGCGACGUCACUCCACCUUGUAAUAAGUGCUGCGAUUACUGCAAGAACCCAGGGGCAGUGAAGAGGCAGCUGGAGUCACUGGAGCGCUGUAGCAACAGCUGGAGCAAAACCUGCAUUGGGCCCUCAAGUUCCUCCUGGGACAGCUACGACCCAGAGCUGUAUGAAGGAGGAAGGAGAGGUUGCAGAGGUUUUAGCAGCUAUGAUGAGGAAAGCAGCGGGAAUGGGGAUGAAGCCAGUGAAGAGAGUCGGAAACGAGAGUGGAACAACUUCUACAAAAAGCAGAUGAGCCUGCGCAAAGGCCAAGAACCAGAAAAAGAUGAUUUUAUUCCUCCAAGUGCAGACUGCCCCUUGAAAGACGCCUCCAGCAGAAGAAUCUCUAAGCUCACAGUGAAGGGACGGGAACACUGCUUGAAGAUACUGGAAGAAGCUUUGAGAGCCAACCAAAAGGUUCCAGCAGAAGGAAAAGGGUCAGACCCUCAUGCCUGUGCUGUGGAGCUGGAGUAUGAAGCUUUCAGAACCAGUAAAAUGGCUAACUCAUACAAGGCAUCUGUGCUAAAGAAGGUAGCAGAGAUCAACAAAGCCUCAAAAGGAGGAGAGUUGUUCUCAGUCUUUGGGUCAGGAACUGGUGGUAACAGAAGCUUGGAAACAAAAUCUGAGUCUCCAGCAGAGGAGGACUUCCUCCCUGCAUCCCAGGUUUACUCGUUCAAACCCAAGCGCGUGGGAGCUGGGUUUCCAAAGAGUUCCAGCUUAUUCCAGACAGCUUCAGAACUGCUGACAAUCCAGGAGGAAAGCAAUACAAAGCUUGUCAAAAAAGAAGAUUGUCCAAAUGAGCAAGACAACAGCAACUGUAAUCUGGAACUAGACAAGAGAAACCGCGUGCUCCAGAAGAAAGAAAAAGCAAAAAAAGAAAAAGCGAAGUGUGAGAGUUCUGAGGUAGAACUAUUCCUUCCUGAAAAGAAGGGACAGCAACCCAGCCCAGACACAAAAACUGCCCUUUGUGAUAGCCCUGCUAAGAAAGCCAAAGUUAGCAAAAAGCAGCAAAUGCUGGCAGAAGCAGCCAAAAAAGAAUCACAGGAUAUUUCCAAGUUCUUCUCCCUCUCCAAAGGUGGGUCUAAAGCCAAAAGUUGCAGCACAGCAGAGGAAGUCAGCUGUUCUGCAAGCACACUACCUCAGGUUUCUUCUCAAAGCGUAUGUCAAGAGAAACCAAUACCUCAGGGAAACGAAGAUGAGUCUGGAGAGGAUGUGACUGCACAGUCCCAGGCAGAGAAUGAAGAGCUCGGGGAGACAGAAGGAACAUUGACUGAGAAGGAGGAGGAAGGAACACUGACUGAGAAGGAGGAGGAUUUUAAGACCCAGCAGGCUGCUGAAUCUGAUCUCCUUCAGGAAGAACUUGAUGUAAAAUCCAGCGUUCCUGAAAAUGUCACAGAAACUGAAUUAACUGUUGUUGGGGAAGGUCAGAGUGGGAAGCGACCAGGAUGGGAUGAGGAUAUGGAAAGUCCCGCAACAAAGCGGCUACGGACAGCAGCAAAAUCUUCUAUUCUGUCCCAGCCAGAAAGCAAAAGUGUUGGUCCAACGAAGAAGAAGGUGACUUUUGAUCCAAACUUAUCACAGUGUGAUAAAGAAGGAGCCAGCAAGACCAUACAGCCAGCGACCAAAGGCAUGUCCCUCAAAGAGACAGCAGACAUCGUUGUAAAAUAUUUGACCCCGUUCUACAAGGGUGGCAAAUUUGCUUCCAAGGAUCUGUUUAAGGGCUUUGCUCGGCACCUGUCUCACUUACUGACUGAAGAUCAGAACCCUGCCCGCAAGACUGGUGAUGCUGCUUCUCUUGCAGUGAAGGAAGAAGCACAGAGACUCAUUAAGGAGUUUUUCAAAACACGAGUCAGAUGUGAGAGCGAGACAGACUGGCAGGAGCUGCAGAGCUCGGAGAGAUGAUCCUUGCAUCUUGUUUGUCGCUUCCUUCUUCCAGUAGUGGGACCAGGGGAUCUUGAAGAACUUAGCCACGGAGGGGUUUAUGAAACUGCAGAAGUGAACUUUCUUUCCCUACUGCAUUUUUGCUCUCUUCUGCCUGCAGUGCCACCUUAGUGACACACAUUUCCACAAAACCAGUUUCUGUGAACCUGUGGAGAAUUUCUCCACUAACCAGAGCACCGAGGUCCUCCAGUACCUUGUGCCAAGAGGUACCAAGUCUCCGUCUGCUGUGUAGGUUAGGGGCUGCUGUCUCAGAUGUUUUGCAGUGCCUCCAACUUCUUCCCUGCAGCGGUCUGGGAAGGCAUCUAUCUGGGACUCUGCUUUGGGAUGGCAUCCUCUUGCUUCCUAGAUGGCUACUCCUCCUGCUCCCCCAUCCCUUAGUUCUUAUUUGUGUUACCAAUAGAAGCCUUAUGCUACAAAUGAGUUCACAUGCUUUUGCUCAGGGCUGCUAAUGCUGAACUUGAUGUUUAAGUACCUGGAUGGAAUGUUUUUCCUUGGCGGGCAGCAGGGGAGUGUUUUGUUUUUACUCUGCAGGCAAUGCCUACUUUCUGAAGGUAGAGAAAUUCAGAUUCUUUUUGUUUUAAUUCCAACUUCCUUUUUUUUUUUUUUUUUUUAACUGUCUGGUUCUGCCUGCCCUUUAACUUAAGUGGUGAUGCUGUCUUGGUAUUAACCUCUCUAGUAGUGGCACCAAGGUUGCCAACACUUUUCCAGCAUUGCUUGUAACCCCUAAAGCCAUAUCUGCUCCCUGUGCCUCACCCACAGCCUGCAGUACAGAGGGCAAUGCUGCUGUUACUACUGGUUAAUGUACUGCUGUGGCCCUCAAGUUGACACUGUGGUGCCUCUGCUGCUAUAUUUAUGUAAGGACCUGGACUGUAGGGUAUCAGUGGGCUUGAAAUAACCUGAUUCCCUGGCACAAGUCCUUUCUCUUGGGUUUUAGUUGGGUUCUGUCUUUUUUCCGUGCUUACAGAGGCUGGUGGCCUCAGGCAGUAUUGCUGCUAGAGGAAUCUGCAGCCUGAGAAGCCAUGAAACAGGCUUUUGAAUUACUGUACUCACCAGAUGAUUAUUUUUAUGUGCUGAAGGGUAUGUGCAGAACUGACAAUAAAACAGUGUUAUUGCA